UCAGGGCUCCCUCCCGGGCCAGGACGGGGCUGCGGCGCGGGGCGCUCCCGUCGGAGCAGCGGGACCCGGGAGCACCGUGCUGCGGGCAGCAUGGCACAAUGGCAGGAGGUGCAGAACUUGGCCAACGCGUACCUGGAGCAGAUCCACGAGCUGUACGCCGGGGCCGCGCUGCCCAUGGCCGUGCGGCAGUGCCUGGCUGCGUGGAUCGAGGACCAGAACUGGCGCCAGGCGGCGGAGCCGCUCUCCUCCCAUGCCCGGAUGCUUUUCCACUCCUUGCUGGUGCUGCUCUGGGAGCGCCUGGGCAGCCUGGGGCUGGGCAAUGAGGACUUCAUGCUGAGGCACAACCUCCGCAAGGCCCAUCGGGACCUGCAGGCCAAGUUCGAGGAGUGCCCGGAGACCUUCGCCAACCUGGUGGCCAAUCUGCUGCGGGAGGAGCGGCGCAUCCUGCGCCUGGGGCAGGCGGGGGGGCAGGGGGGGGCAGCCCCAGCGCCCAGCCCGUCCCCGAGGAACGACCGCGAGCAGCAGAUCCAGCGGCGCUUGGCUGAGCUCCACACAGCCCUGCAGGAAGCGGAACGCGCCUUCCGGCACCUCGAGGACAUGCAGGACGCCUUUGACUUCUGCUUCAAGGUGCACUACGUGCCGGGCGAGGACAGGACCAAUGACCCCCAGUACGCGCAGCAGAUCCAAGCGCUCCAGGCCAAGCUGCAGAUCCUGGACCGGCAGCGGCGGGAGGUGCUGGCUCAGAUACAGCAGCUCCUGGGGCGCAGCGAGACGCUGCAGGACUUCGUGCUGCAGGAGCUGGAGGCGUGGAGGGACCGGCAGCAGCGCGCCUGCAUGGGGGCCCCCGAGGACACCAACCUGCGCCCCUUGGAGACCUGGUUCACGGAGCUGGGCCAGGGGCUCUUCCAGCUGCUGCGGCUGCUGCGGGCGCUGGGGGAGCUGCGCCUGAAGGUGACCUACGAGAGGGACCCGCUCAAGGCAGAGCCCCCGCUCCUGGAGAAGCGCCUCAAGGAGCUGCUCUCGUACCUGAUACAGAGAGCCUUCGUGGUGGAGCAGCAGCCCACGAUGCCCAACGCCUUCAAGCGCCCUCUCGUGCUCCGCACCGCCACCAAGUUCUCAGCCCGCGCCCGCCUCCUCCUGCGCCUCCACGACCGCAACCACCCCAUGGAGACCUCGAUCCACAUCGACAGGGACCCCCCCAAGAUAAAGGGGUUCCGCAGGUUCAACAUCCUGACAUCGAGCAGCAAAACCCUCCUGGCAGGGGACAGUCCCCAGGAGGGGCUGGUCUGCGACUUCCAGUACCUGACGCUGAAGGAGCAGAAGGACAGCCGGGCCGGCAAGGGCAGCAAAGGCAGCGGCGAGGGCCCCGUGGUGGUGACGGAGGAGCUGCACCUCAUCACCUUCACGCUGGCGUACGCGUACUGCGGGCUGGAGCUGGAGCUGGAGACCUCCACGCUGCCCUUCGUCAUCAUCUCCAACAACAGCCAGCUCUCCAGCGCCUGGGCCUCCAUCCUCUGGUUCAACAUGCUCAGCCCCGACCCUAAGCCCCAGUUCCAGUUCUUCUCGGCCCCCCCCGCGGCGCCGUGGCCGCUGCUGGCGCAGGUGCUGAGCUGGCAGUUCCAGAGCGUGGCCGAGCGGGGCCUGGCCCGGGAGCACCUCCUCAUGCUGGCCGAGAAGCUCUUCGGCUCGAAGCCGUCUCCAGAGAGCACCUUGAGCUGGACCAAGUUCUCCAAGGAUGGUGCCGCUGGCUUCUCCUUCUGGGCUUGGCUGGACGGGAUCCUGGGGCUGCUCCAGGAGCACCUCAAGCAGCUCUGGAAGGAUGGGCUCAUCCUGGGCUUCGUGAGCCGGAAGCAGGAGAAGAAGCUGCUGAAGGGGAAGAGGACGGGGACGUUCCUGAUCCGGUUCAGUGAGAGCAUCCUGGGGGGGGUCACCUGCACCUGGGUGGAGCAUCCUGAGAGCGGGCCCCCCGCGUUCCGCGCCGUGGUCCCCUACACUGCGGCCGAGCUGGUGUCCCUGGCGCUACCCGACAUCAUCCGUGACUACCAGCUGCUGGUGGAGGAGAACAUCCCCGAGAACCCGCUCCAGUUCCUGCACCCCAACAUCCCCCGCGACGAAGCCUUCGGGCCCUACUACAGCAAGAGGGAGGAGGGGAACCUGAUGGAGCAGAAGAAGUACCUGAACCGGCGCCUCAUUCGCGUGUCCAUCAG